AUGGCACAACUGGCUACCCCUCCUGCUUCCCGACAGCCCUCAGAGGCUCCCGAUCUUGACCCAGCGACUGACCUUGUACGGUCAUUGGAUACACUCCUGGAACGAUAUCUGGAGCUCCUUGAUAAACACCAGAAAUUGCAGGGCGAGUUAGCGUCCAGGUUCUCAUCGGGGUUUCUCUCUCUUGCUCAAGCGAACUAUACGUGCCCCCCUGGCCGAAGGUAUGGUGCUGAUUACUAUGACGAGCGGAUGAAAGCCACAAGAAGAGUUUUAUUACAACCUCCGCCCGCAGGCGAGCAAGACUAUAUAAUCGAACGAGGAGAAUUGCCUGAUACUGCUGCAUCAACGAAACAGAUCUUCUCUAUCGUAUCCCCCUCAAACAGCGAUGCAAACGAAAAGUCUGGUUUAAGCGACCAGAACGAGCUACCAGGCCCAAACAAUGAGCCAGAGGCAGAAUCCAAGCUUCCUGGUGUUGAUAAUGAUACUGGCUGCAGGAAUACUGUCGAAGAUGCGAAAGAUCUGCCAGGCCCAGUAAGACCUGUGGCAGAGACAGACUCCAAGCCCAAUCUGCAGAAGAAGGGCUCACACGCUUCAAACCCCAUGAGAUGGUUUGGAAUAUUAGUGCCGCCUUCUUUGCGAAACGCUCAAAAGUCUUUCACGGAAGCCAUCGAGUGCAAAUUGCCUGAGCUAGCGAGUAUUGUUGUCGAGAUGCAGGCUGCGGAGAGGAAGAUUCUUCGACUGCGGGAGGAACUGGGACGACAGUAG